UUUUUUUUUUUUUAAAUUGGUAUACUGUUAACUAAUUUUUAUUACAUUUUUAGUUCUAUUUCAUCCUACUUCAAUCACAAGUUUUUUAUGAACAAAAUGUAAUAUUAACCUCUUCGGAAACUUAACUUCUCUAGUGUUGUCUCCAUAUUCUAAUUCUAAUAUUUUAAGUAUUGUUAGACAUUUGAAACAAAUGUAUGACUUCUCUUAUUAUAAAGUAAUUUGUUAAAUUAUUUUUUUAAAAAAAAUUCUUAAUGCACGUUUUAAUUGGUCUUAUUUUAAAUGUUAUAAUAGCCUUUUUUUUUUUAUUACAUAGGAACUCCAACCAUCAACAAAGGACCCCCUGGUGCGGCACCAAACUUACGGAUUAGCGUAAAUUUUCACCAUCCACAAGAAACGCUGGCUCUUUACUUCAAUACCACAGACGCAAGAACGGCAGGCCGUGACAUCUAUCACCGACAUAACGAAACAGCAUUCGGCGACUUUGCUCGGAUUGGGAUUCAGCAUUCUAACUAUCACAGAUCCGAUCGGACGCUUUCAAACUCUGAAAACCAAUCUGGUUCCAAUGCCUCCCGAUCCGAUAUUCUUAGCUCUGCUCACUUCUGAUCCUCUUUAAUUCAUGCGAGCAGUUCUCAUAAUGGGCAGUCCUCUUGCAUCGCAUGGCUAUUCACUUCAAAUCUCACCUUACCAGUGUCAGAAACUUCACAAUUCGCUCUUCUUCAAUGCAAGAUAAACUUUGGUGUUUUGGGUUUGCUCCUCGAUCAAAGAUUGUUCAUUGGCUGAUGCAAGAGGACAGGAAGAAGACGAAGAAGAUAUUGCAUAUUUGUUUUGCUGUAACUUCUUGUGAGAUUGUAGUUCCAAAUCCUCAAAGACCCGUCUCAAUUUAGCAUUCCCAAAUGAUGUCAGCAAUUCUGCAUCAAAGACAGUCACUGCAGCUUCUCUCGAAUCCCUACCCCAUUUCGCCGCGUUUAUCCACAAAUUCCCAAAGACCCAUCUCAAUUUUCAGCAGAACUGGCCUUCUGGUGCUGCUGUCUCUUAUGGUCGUAUUUGGCGUUUUCUUCCCAUGGAUGGACAUGCCCGAAGGUUUUUUCUCUAGCGCGGGCGCCUCCCUUUCGAAAUGGCGCGCUUACACACUGGCAGAGGCAGUUUCGUUCGUCGCCAAGAACAGAACUGUUAUAGUUUGUGCAGUGAGCCAGCCUUAUCUUCCUUUUCUUAAUAACUGGCUGAUCAGCAUUUCGCGGCAAAAGCAUCAAGACAAGGUUCUUGUAAUUGCAGAAGAUUAUGCAACCCUUUAUAAGGUGAACCAGAAGUGGCCUGGUCAUGCUGUUCUCAUACCUCCAGCGCCCGAUGCUCAGACUGCCCACAAAUUCGGUUCUCAGGGAUUCUUCAAUUUUACAUCUCGAAGGCCUCGCCACCUACUGCAGAUUUUGGAACUUGGAUAUAAUGUUAUGUAUAAUGAUGUUGAUAUGGUCUGGUUGGCAGAUCCAUUUCCCUAUUUGAAAGGGCGCCAUGACGUGUACUUCACUGAUGACAUGGCUGCAGUGAAACCUAUGAACCAUUCUCAUGAUUUGCCUCCUCCAGGAAAGAAGGGACGCACCUAUAUUUGCAGCUGCAUGAUUUUCCUACGCCCAUCCAGUGGAGCAAAACUGGUUAUGAAGAAAUGGAUUGAGGAACUCCAUGCUCAGCCAUGGUCAAAAGCAAAAAAGGCAAAUGAUCAGCCUGCCUUUAAUUGGGCAUUAAACAAAACAGCUGGACAGGUGGAUCUCUACCUUUUACCCCAGGCAGCAUUCCCAACGGGAGGCUUAUACUUCAAGAAUAAGACAUGGGUUGGUGAAACCAAGGGAUUGCACGUCAUCAUCCAUAACAAUUAUAUCACCGGUUUUGAGAAGAAGAUUAAGCGGUUCCAGGAUUUUGGACUCUGGUUUGUUGACGACCAUGCUCUCGAGUCUCCACUUGGUAGAUUAUGAAGAAAUUUUUAAGGACUCCAUGACCCCUUUCUGCAGAACUAGGCAUGAGUCCACCUCCUACCACAGCUGCCCAUUCAGCCCAGCAAUUCAGCCAAAGCUUAAUGGAUUCAUACUCGAUCGAAGCUUUCCGUUGCCUCCUAUCUUUCAAGAGCAAAAGGCAAAAUCUUCAAACGAAUCUGAACCAUCCCGUUUUCUUCUUCUUGACGAGGGGAGGUAGGCUGCUUGGGUGUGGUGGGAGGAAUGCCAUGAAAUUCAUAUAUUUUCUUAUCUGUUUGAACUGCACAAACAUGCAUUCAUUUUUUGUGUCGGUCAGAUAAAUGCAGUGGUGGCCAGGCCACUCUGCCCACCUUUCGAAGUCGAUCUUUAAUUUUGCAUUGAAUUCGAUGCUGCCCACAACCGUCCUUUCUUCAAAUGGAUGGCCAUGGUUGCUAUUUUGGUUGUUGCACUUUCAGCCCACCACAGAUAAUUAUAUAAAUUUAUUUCUGAA